AAAAAUUAUUCAAAUCAUUAUUUAGUAUCAUAUCGCGUUGCAUUGACGCCGUGACGCGAUUUUAUUUACAUUUAAACAUUCAUCAAAAAUCGAUUCUUCACUUUUUAUUUCCAAGUCUCAUACAAUCGCAACGUAAGUGCAACAAAGAAACAUUGCAGUGGCGUACCGAUAAGACGUCAGAAUGUUGUGCCGAGCUCUGAUCGCUGCGGUCGUCGUUACAUGUACGUUAUACGCACGCGGUCAGGCCUCACAGCGCUUAGACCAGAUAAAAGAUCUAAUGUGCGUUUUAUUGUUGAGUGGAAUGCAAAAGGAAGAUUUGGACGUUAGCAUGUUGACAAAACUAAAACGCCACAACGUAAGCAUCGACGAUAUGAACAAUGAGGAAUUACUUCAGUCAUGCAUAGAAUCACGGAAUAAUAACAGCAUUGAAAAAGUGGCUCAACCAUUUAUAAGUAAACCCAAAAAUGCUGCUUUAGGUGAAUACAAAACAAGUACCGACUUGGCAAUAUUAAAAAGACCUCGUGAUUUAGAAAAUAGCUCUUAUAACAUGAGUACUGAUUAUAACAUCAACCAUGAAUUUCAUGAGAAUAAUAAGGAGUCUUUGAAGGAAAAUGCAGAUGAAAAUAAAAGAAACGUUGGUCAGGUAACAGAAUAUCCGGAUGGUCAGGCUAAGUUAGAAAGUGUUUCAAAAUAUUUGCAAGACAUGAGAGUGAACAAAACAGCGAUAUACGUGCCAAUACCACAACCAGUUUCCAUAAAAGAACAAGAAAGUAAAAGAAAUAUCACAAAUGAUUUAAACUCAGCCGAAACUCUGAACAGAUUGAUAGCAAAUUUGUCAAAGAGAAGUAGUAUAAGCACUAAACCUACAACUACUCAAAAAAACUUAAUUAAUAUCGAGGAUCUGUAUGAACAAUUAUUUUCAUUGCGAAAGCAAGAUAAUAUGGAAGAAAAUCACACUGUUAAUCCUGGCUCUCUACAGACACAUCUAGCAAUCCAGAAAAAUGAUCGGAAGACAUCAGUAGGAAAAGAAAUAGUCGAAAAUGAUUCGGAUACAAAAAGAAAGGAAUUAAACAUUUCAAAUCAUAAAAAUCUCAACGAUGCGUUAACCUUAAAUAAUACUUAUAGUAGUUGUAAUCCAUUCAUUUCGGAUGCUGAAGUCAUGAGCAAGUUCAAUGGAAAGGCUAAAGAAAGUUUAAAAUUGUCUAGAAAUCCGUUUUUCAAUAAGUUUGAAAGAGUUGACACUAUGAGCACAAAUAUAGAGCCAAAAUAUAACUUUUCUCGCGAUAUGAUUAAAGAGAUAGCUGACAGUGUUAAAGAACUUAUCUUAAGGGAUUUGCGUAAAGAAUUACUAGAAACAACAACGUUAAUUUCUACUACGACUAUUAUAUCAACAACUACAAGAACAACAAAAACAGACUCCACUUUCAAAACAAUACUUAACAAAGAAAACAUAAAAUCACAAGAUUCAGUAAUGAAAAAAUUUUUGGAAUUGUUCGAAGAGAUUAAAACUUUAAAACGGAAUAAUUUUGUUAUUCCAAAUGAAAAUAAAGAAGGAACAAAUAACAAAGAAACAAAACAAAAUGGUAAUAUUAAAGAAUUUAAAGAAUUCCUUCAAAUCGCAAUGCCUGCUAGAAUACCUAAUGAAAUUGUACAACUUUCUUUUAAUGCCAACCAAAUUUACGGAAUAAAACAAUACCCAUUAGUAAAUUCAGAAAAGACUUCCAACUUUGCGUCACAAAUACAUAAAUACAGAUCAGACAUAACAUUUAAAAAGCAAGAACCCAACAGACUAAAUAAAGAUUUGCUUCCUUUAACUGUUCAGACUAAUAAUAUAGAAAUUCCACCUUUAGGAAUACCUUUAGAUAACUCACAGAAUCUAAUAAGAGAGAAUAUUAUUAUAACUACAACGGUACCAUACAGAAUACUUCCUAAUAUUAAUGGUGGUCCAAUCAAAACAAGAAAUCAACAAAAUGAAUAUAUAGGCACUCCACAUUCAGAAGAGCGAUUUUUUAAGGCAUACCAAUCAAAGCAAGCAAAUCCUCGUUCAUCUAAAGAAUCAUACAAAUCUCCUGCACACCAAUUUCAUCCUAAUAGUAAAGACAAUAUCAUUAGGUUCACACUUAACAACAACGAUCAUUCUAAAUAUCAUGCAGAUUAUUAUGAGAAAAUCAACAUACGAAACUAUACACCAAGUCCAGAAAGUGACGAAAUCAAACAUCAAGAUAUACCACGAUUCCAUGAGAAAUUGGAAAAAGUAGAGAGAUAUUUAGACUAUCCUGAACAAGAUAUGUACACAGAUGAAAAUGAUUGUUGUACUGAGAAAUUUAGAUAUUCACAAGCAAUGAUUGAUUGUUGCAACAGAAAAAUCGCGUCUCGACAACAAAUGUCCCUUAACAAUAUGAAGAAAAAAUCAUACGAUGAUACACAUUUUAAGAAAUUUCUCCAGUCCCAACAGAAAGUGACUGUAAUGCUCGAGAAGAUUCUCGGGGACAAGAGGAAUAUUCAAAGCGUGGAGACCGCUUAGAUUUUUCAAUUCCAUAUUUGAAUGUAACUUGAAUGAAAAAGUCAUAAAGAUUGACGGUUUACUCCAGUGUGUUA